GCAGAGAAGGAUCCGAAUCAAGGCGCUGCAAAAGCCAGCAUGGAGAAGGCGAAGAAAUCCUUGGACCUGACCCACGACGAGUCAGAGGCCGCGUCACGACUCACCGUUCCACCUCACCAAGCCGGCGCCGGGCCGAGCUUCUACGAGUAUUACGCUCUUCGCGGCAUCCGAGUCGACCGAGUCGAACCCGGACUCGUCGUCUGUUCUUUCAAGGUCCCUCCCCGCCUCACCGAUAGAAGUGGAAGGUUGGCUAAUGGUGCAAUUGCAAACCUGGUCGAUGAAGUGGGUGGCGCCGUUGUUCAUGUUGAGGGUCUUCCUAUGAAUGUUUCAGUGGACAUGUCCAUCUCGUUUAUGUCCAGUCCCAAGCUUGAUGACGAGUUAGAGAUCACGUCAAGGGUGUUAGGACAAAGAGGGGGUUAUUCAGGAACAAUAGUGCUUCUGAGAAACAAAGCAACUGGUGAGGUUAUUGCUGAAGGUCGGCAUUCGUUGUUUGGUAGACAUGCUAGCAAACUCUGAGUCCUUUUUUACUUCAGUAUGUAUAUAACUGGAAUGGAUGGAGCCCUUUGGGGGCGUAGGUUGAAUCUUUUUGUAGAUUCGCUUUCUUGUAAGUGUUUUUCAUUGAAUAAGGAUUGAGAAUUGUGUUUUAACUCAAAUUGGGUGGACUAUUUUUCACUGCUA